AUGGGUGUGGGUACCACGCUUCGCUCAGUUCUCGUUUCCGGUGUCAAGGACAGACGCGAUGAACGGCUGGUAUACCAGAGUUGUGGUGGAAGGAUAUGCCCACACCAACUCAAGCUUGGCACUACCGGAGACGAGCCGGACAUCGAUGCUGAGGAUGAGGACAAAUCUUCCUUAAACGAUUCGCAGCAGCGCUUCGACAAUACCGGAUGGAACUGUCAAUGA